AUGGCCCGUAUAGGAGGUCACCCCAUUCUGGGAUUGCUCUUCAGUAUACUGCUCUGCCCCCGCGCCAUCGCCAGCUUAUCAGUCUCGUCACACUCUUCCACACAAAACGCAGCAUUUCUAGAUGAAGCCGCACCACCAUGUGACGACAAAGACCACUGGACGGGACUGGGAGUUGUGCAACCGUCGAUUCCCGGAACUCCGGCGUUCACACGAAACAUAACCGGCAACCAAAACCAGAUACAACUUUCACGUCGAGAUUGUUUAUCCAAUGGGACAAACUACUGUUUUGGAAAUAGCGUCAACUAUUGUUCAGGGUGCGGUGUCUGCUGCGCGGACUCUGCUAACAAGUGGUGCUGUGGUGCGGAUGGCAUUUGUUGCGGAAAGUCAUGCUGUGGGAAGGGGCAGUCAUGCCGACAGGGACAAUGCAUCGGCCACCCGUACGUGAAGAGGUUACUUUUGGACCCGGCCAAGGCAGGAGGACUCGGAGUGCUAAUACCCACCGUAGGAGCAAAACUACCACUGUCGUUAGCACCGUCCAUACCACCCUGACCCGUCUAGUCACCAAGAUCGACACGGUUAUCAUUGCCGUGAUAUCGACAUCGUUUGUCGACACCGUUGUAACAUUGACCGAGUCGAAACCAGGGGCAACCUACACCGAUAUUGUAUUUGUCACGACAACAGUGCUUGGUAAGAGGUCAGAGGCUUCACCCCUUAGCAACCAUCUGCAACAUGCCGCCCAACAAAACGAUGCGGGCGGCAGCAAUGCUUUACGGCCCUAUUCGGGCUCUCUAGCCUCGCCGGCGGAUCAAGAAGUUGAAGACAGCCUAUCAAAGUUACAACCUGUUACCGCACCCGCGGUAGCUCGCCGACAGGAGUCAAGCAGGCCACCUGCAACAUCGGUGUUGUUCUCCACUGUGACCAUGACCAGCACCAUGACUGAGUUGGACGAGAUUGUUUCAACCAUAUCUUCCACGACCACAAUUAGCUCAAUAUCCGUGGUCGUGGCAGAGGUACAGAGGACGCACACUCAGGAGGUCGAUGCCAGCACAACCAUUGUCAUAACCGAGACCCAGACGAUCACAUCCCGGCCCCCCGUCACAGCUACAUUGAUAGUACCAGGUUCAAACCCCAGCUCAAGUGUCCCUCCUCCUGUGGUCGUAACUUCAACGGCUCGUCCAACGACUCCUCCACCCACCCAGACGAGCCUUGUCCCACCGGACCCGGCUUCGACUCAGAACCAGGGAAAUUCGGGAAACCGGGGGCCGCCACUCUCCACGGCAGCAAUUGCUGGCAUAGCCGCAGGAUCGGCAGGUUUCGCGGCGUUGGUUGCCAUAGCUAUAUACGUUUUCUUCCUAUUAAGGGCUAGAAAAGCACGGAAGCUUCAGGAGUGGGAAGACCACCUGACUGGUUUGAGUAUCCCCAGGGUUGUUUACGGUGGGGAGAUACGUCAACCCCGACUUCCUGAUAUGGGCCAACCGGUAACUCAAGCUCGGUUUGCCCCAGCCGCGUUCGCGGCCACGCACCAUGAGCGAGACAGCCCGAGGCGGCAGAGUGCCUUGCUCAGCACGUCGAGCAUGGCGCGUAACAGCAACAAUGGACUCGCCCGCGCAUCCACCUUUGCCGGGAAGCCGAGUCAUCGGAGCAGCGAGACGACGAGUAUCCAUACCGUCGUCCCCAACGUGGCGGAACUGGGAGACACGAGCCGCAUCGAGAUGUCUGGCGGCGAGGACUGGCCGAUGAGGAAUGAGGUUGACCACAGCCAGGCCGAUCCUCUAUCGUCGAGUCCUCCUGGGGUAAUGCUGGCAACUUCACCAAUGUCACCUGAUAUCAUGGACACGCCGCUGGCCUUGCCGCCGCGGGUGAGGAGAUAUUCCAACUACAGAGACUAUUGA